AUGUUUUCAGGGUUUGGAAGGUCGGGCUCGCAUGCGAGGUCUAGUAAAUCCCACGGUUCUCACCACGAGGGCAAGACGAAGGCAAGGGCCUCGGGCAAGACUUACAGCUCUGGGAGGAGUACCUCGGGUUCAAAAUCUAAAGAGCGCCUUGACGUCAAUUUUCUCUUUGUUGUUAACGAACUGAACCUAGAUCUCGACUUUCCCACCUCAGCUGAUCAAUGGGGCAACCCCCUACCACCCGAGACUUGGGAUGGCUAUGUAGAGGAAUCGCAGGGCAGGGUUUUCAGAUACAAGAACGGUGUGGUGACCGUGGAAGAUAUUUAUACAUGGCACCGACCAGGGCCCGGGCUCGCCGGCUCUAUUGGGUGGUGGUCGCAAAACACCGACGAAACGGGAAAUCCCAUCCAUGAGUUUCAGGCGCUCGACCCGUAUAGCACAUUUUCGGUGUUCAACUGCGGUCCAUUCCUCCCCUGUAUAUUUGGGGGCGGCGAUGUCACCGUACAUGGAGAUGAUGAGUUCUAUGGCUGGCGCGCCCUGCAUUUCAUACACGAAGGUGGAGUCAGCCAGGCAAGUCCCAAUGGGAGCCACAAAAUCGUUGCUGGCCGCAACGCCGGCUUCAUCGACGGGCUCCUCCCACGAGCAUAUCGCAAUACCAACACCCAUGCUCCAGUGUCCCAAGGUCUUGGUGGACACAUAGGCAUUGUUAUCGCACUCAUGGCUUUAUCACAACGCCGCGGCGCAAUCGACGCCGCCUUUGCCCGGUCUCACUGGCACAACAACAGAUGGACCGGUCAGCGCGAUCCAGCAGCUUGGCCAACCGUCCAGCACGACCCAAGAGGAGUGUUGGUGUAUAUCGCACUAGAGUCCGACGGUCGUCCCGGGUCUUAUGAGGACGAUAUCCAGGAUUUUGAGUGGGGAGGCAUUGCAGUUGUAGGGUGA